UGAUUGGGAGAAAGGGAGAAGAGGGGAGACAGAAGAAAGGAAAUUGUGAAGCAAAAAAUACGACAGUGUUCUUUGUUUUAAGUAAUCAAUUGAACGACCGAAGAGAGGAUUAAACUAAAACUGACUCCUGGUCGAAUAUUCUACGACAGCUAUGCUUACUGGGCAAAGGUGUCGUUUAUAAGCUAAUCAUAGGAUUAGGAGGACAUGUUUUAGGGAAUAGCCCUUCCGUUAAGAGACUUGGACGCGAUGGCGGGAGUGCACGCCAACUCGACCGGUGGUUCAUCGACCGUCAGGGGAAUGAAACGAGGGGAUCCAGAACCAGACGCCCAAACGGCGGCCGCUCUCACCGAGUCAUCGGGGGCAGAGUGCAAGCGUCCACGGAUCGACGGGUCUGGUGGAGUCGGAGAGCUCGGCCAGAACAACGACCCCCUGACGAUGGGUUACCAUGGAUACCCACCUCCUAGUCAG